AUGCUUAUUUUUUGUCGUCUAAUAAAUGAAUAUACUCGUGCAAAUUUAUCUGGUAUUAGCGGAUCUUCUGAUUUUGGAGGACAAUUUUCAUCGCAAUCAUAUGAAUCAUCAGCAGCUUAUGAAGGAUCAGCCGGAGGUUACGGUGGAGCCAGUUACGGCUUUUUCUUGUUGAUUAUCAUAACUGUCUUUUAUGAAGAAGCCAUUGGUAGCAUCGGUGGAUUUGAUCCCAUUCAAGCUGCUUUCAACAGAGCUGAUGCCAACAGAGAUGGUACUAUAGAUCAAAAUGAAUUUCGUCAAUUCUUCCAAGGUGGUUUAUAA